UUAUCUCCGAAUAUUUAGCGUGCCAUUAAUCAUCGUCCAUUCUUGAUAUAGACAAUACUGGUUGUUAAAAUGUCAACAAAAUAUGCCUCUGUUGUAUCCUCUUAACACUAAAUACUUAACAGUUUUUUCACAAUGGGGUGUUUAUUUUGUACUGUCGUUUGUGGAUUUGAUUAUUUUUCUUUUGCCACACUUUGAAACACAGUAUGAUGAAUCUCACCUGAAGAUAUUUAUUUCAGAAUUUCAGCGAUAUGUGAUUGUAGGAGUUGGAGUUUUACUUUUUCUACAGUUUUGUUUAUCAUCAAUGCUGAUUGUUGGUAUAUUAUUGGAAUCACCGGGAAUACUUAAAUUAUGGAAAAUAUUAUUUAUAAUAACACUAACUCCACUUAUAGUAACAAUGAUUGGAUCUGGAAUAUAUAUGAUAACGGCACAUACCGAAAUAUAUCUGCCAAUAAGUUAUAUCGUAAUAGCAUUGUUACUUAUUGCUUUUAGUGUUCAUACUUUGUACAUGGUGAAAAAAGAGGAAAUACGAUUGGAAGCGAAUAUUAUACGGGGUCUCAUUUACAAUGAGAAACCUUCAGUGUUUUAUGUAAGAAUGUGAUUAAAUAACCAAUUGUGUAA